GGUAGCUCCAUAGGGUUGUUAGAAGAUCAACAAACAUUCACUGUUUGGUUGCGCACUAUUAAAAACUUUUCAUUUUAAUCUGCUUUGUUUGCAAACAGCCCCAUAGGGCUGGCAGUGGCUUCAAUGAACGAGAACUCUCCAGCUUGUCUAUACAAAUCCCCUCGUUUCCGCUUGUCUUCCUUUCACUUUUCUCUUCAUUCCAUAUUAUCCUUCUCUCAUUAACUCCCUCUUCUCUUCUACCACAAAGAGAAAGAUUACUUCAAGGUAAGCUUCGCAUCUUCCACAUCCUCGCUUCCUUCGAUAGCAACAGAUACUAACAAAGAUAUCUUAUUAGGAUGCUUUUUACUUGCAAGACCAUCCUCCUCGCGGCCGCAGCCAACCUCAUCCGCGCCGCCCCUACUACCUCUGCCAAAGAGGUUGUCAGCAUCGACUCCUUCAAUUCCACCGUGAGCACCCUCGACAACAAUGCCGACACUGAGGGCUGGGCUGCCUUUUGUAACGACGCUGACUGCAGCAACUGCGGAAUGUCCGUGUCUUUGACCAACCCGGGCUGCUUGCGUCAAACCGGCAGAAAGGCCGUCAAGUUCCAUGGUAGCCCGAUCUGGAACACCUUUACUCUGAUUGUGUCCCCGAACAACCAGUGCGGCUGCCAGAGCAGCUGCCAGCCCGGUCUUAAUGCGGGCAGUGGCUGCUUCCCUCUUGACGACCUGCAGGGCGGAUCGUAUCGGUUCAUCACUGGUGACGGUACCUGCCCGUCCAACAACUGUUAAACGUAGACUGGACUGCGAAUGUUGAAGAAGCACCUGUUAAAUACUAUUUCUCUGGUUGUUGUUGAAUAUAUCUGUGUCUUGUUGGGUUGGCUUAAUUUAGUUUUCUGGUUGUGAACUUGAAAAGCAGGGAACACUACUAG